UGCCUUUCGGUGGUGCACACAAUGUUGACUCACUCACGCGCCUACCCGCGCGGUGGACGCUGUUGCCUCGCUGUGUCACCCGUUGUCAGGCAGCAGCGGCAGAAGGCAUCGAACAGCUCGGAAGUUCCGCGAGGCACCACCCGCGACACUGACACUGACACCGACAUCCAUAGCAAUCCCUCCCUCGAACCACCACUCGCAACGGAUCUCGAAGGCUGCACAGCCAUCAUGGGCGCUCGACAUCAGUCGUUUGCAGUGGCCAAGGUCGGCUCACGCUACCGCGUCGUAGCUGGUGUCCACAGCCAGUGGCUCUCCGACAAAUCUGCAGUCCGCCAGUGCCUGCAGACCUUGAAGUUCUUCCAAGCAAACGCGCCCAUACUACGACAGGACUUGCAGCAUGCGCAAAAGGUCGACUGGCAGUCGUUCGAAAUUCCUACCAGCGACGAAUGGGAGGCAAUGACCUCCAAGGAGCGGGAUGCGAGAUGGAGAUCUGAAGUGGCACUCGUAAGUCGCUCGCUCGAAAUGGUUGGUCGGAUUGUUUGGCUUUCAUCUGAAGUACAACCCCGACACUGCGGCGUCCCCAUCCCAGUUGAGCGUUCAGUCCCAGCAUUGCGAGUUGACAAGCAGCCACAGGAGACCCUAUGUCCCAUGAUUACCACAUGCCUUAUGGUUGGCGCCGCGAAGAGACCGGGCGAACAGAACCGCGAGCACCUCCUCUCUGUCACAACGAGUCUUCAACAGUGCGACAAUGAUGACGGCUUCAGCAUCUUCGACAUCACGGAUCCCGGCCGUCCUCGCUAUUGCUUCGUGGUGCGCGGUUACCCCAAACGUUACAACAUUCCCAACAUGACUCCAAUGGAUUAUAACGGCUACCUCGCCGCUUAUAAAACAUCCAUGUGCAAAGAGACGGACCCGACUGCCCGUGAACUCGAACAGUAUGCUCUUAUCGACGUCGACGCUCUGGCAGGAACCUGGCCGAACGAAAAGUUUCGCACCCCUGAAGCCUUACCCCAUGCACAAGCGAGCGAAGGUUCUAAAGGGGAUGCUCCGGGCGUUCAGCAUUCACUGCGGGAUAAUGCCAUGUCAAGUGUCAUCUCGCGUGCCCUGACGGACGGAAACGAUGAACUCUCGUGGCUCGCCGACGCUGAGCAACUCCGGGACUUCGCAGACAUGGUGCUAGAUCACUUGAGAGCCGCACCGAAUGCUCUGAGCACAACUGGUGGUCAUAAUUUGUUGUGCCGAGCCUUGCGCGGACGCCAGAACAUUGAUCUUUCCAUGUUUGAUCAGCUGAAGGCAGACCAAGUUUUUCAGCUUGUUUCGGAUUUGCAGAGCUCAUCUCGUCAGAUCAAGCUCACACUGCCGCAUAUCAAGUUGACAGCGGAGCAAGUUCAUCAACUAGCUCAUGCUGGCAACAUCGUCGAGCUUCGAUUCGCAGCCACUGAAGGGCUUGACUUGCAUACCUUGACCGAAGCACUGUCAGGUGCUCAACUGGAUUCGAUUUCACACCCCGCCAUAUACCAGGCAGCUUUGAUAGCGGGUUUCCAAUUCCCUGAGAUCCCACUUGUCCCGGCAAUUAAUUCGAUCCGAGAAGCUCUUCGCGGCGCUUCUCUUUGUCAGGCCAUCUUCAUUGCUACGGGGGACGAGACUUAUGCCAUAGAUCAGCGCUCCCGCACUGCUUCGGGUGGCGUGGCAUGGUCGAAGCACUUCGCUCAGACAUCGCCCACGAGCGGCGCCAGCCCUGCUGGCAAGCUGAAACUCGCGUCUUCCCACAGUAAUGUCUACAUACCGUUGCACGAUGUGGCGAUGUCGAUACAGAAGCUACUUCCCCGCUUGUAUACCACGUUCGCGGCUGAGCUGCUUCCGGCUUCCCCGCUCUACGACAUCAGGCACGCCUAUCUUGGCCUCAACCUUGCUAUGUCGCUGUCAAUCGACGAUGACGGCCAGAUUGGGCCACCGCCGGCUACGCUUUUGGGCUUGGAUCGAAGCAUCUGGGCACACGAAGUCUUGAAACCCAUCGUUCCGGGCAAGUGGACGAUGUUGGUGUGCCAGGAGUCCCACAGGGAUAAAAGUCAAGAUUUCGCUGUUCAGUCGGCAACAGUACGUCACUGUUUUGUUACUCGAGACCAAGAUGGCGAAUUGGUCUGUAAAACAUUGGACGAAUUAUUGAAUGUUCUGUCACCAUUUCAAGGGGAACACGAGACUCCAGUCACCGCUUCGGAAUUGGUAGCACGGCUGAAAUGCGUGCCGAUGCGCAACCAGUGGACGGCCGAGACUAGACUUGUCAUCGAUGAUUGCGAGAUUGAAGAAGCUCAGGAGGCGCUCUUGGCUGCGGAAAUGUUCAAACACAGAGAUUGAGACUUGAAAUGAAGGUGCAAAGCCGUGACGGUAAGGGGCUCAUAAUGGUACGCAGAUAGGUAUCGAAGAGGCUAAACAGGCGAUCAAGGCUACGGAAAUGUACAACGACUGCAUUCAGACUUGGAUUCAUGACCUUUCUCGUAAGGAGCGUGCUUCGCGCUGUAGUGAGUCAUCAAGUGCUGUAGACGGAUGAGCGAUGGUAGAGAGUUUGCUUCGCGGCAUAGAAAAUCGGGG